AUGCAAAAAGAUUCAAGUUAGAUUGGAGAUUAAUUUCUUUUAAGUCUAGGAAGUUUGACAUAGAGUGUACCCACUAAUAUUAGCGCUAUGUCUAAUUGUUCUUCAGGAUAGCAAUUUGUAAGCCAUAGCAAUACCUUAUUAAAAGUAUAGUCCUUAGAAGCAACAUCUCCUACAGCAGUAGCAGCUGUUGGAUUUUAAAGUCAAAGUUAAAACACUGAAGCAGUAAUAAAAUCAGGAGAAUUAAAAAGUGUAAUGAGCAGUGACAAUUUACUAAAUCUGGCACCAUCAACAUAAUCUUAAGCUCCUCCUUAGGCACCAUUUACUCUUACUAGCAGCACUAGUGUAACUAUUAGCAGCAUUGGUACUUAAAUUUAAAGCUUAACCACUUAGAUUCCAAGCAAUAUGCUAUAUACAUACUUCAAUUGCAAACAUCAGGCAAUAGUUACAUAUUCAAAGUGCUAGUUCUGCAAAGAGUGUGGUGUUAGAAUGUAUAAAAAUGGUUAAAUGCUUGCACUCAAGUCUCAGUAGAUGAAUUACAAACUUAACACUAAUCCUUUAAGGUUAUAUUCAAACACAUAUAAAUAGAAAAAGUAAAAAAACACUAUUAAUUUUUAAGAACACUAAGACUACUUAAAGCAAAGAGAGCGCACUAUAAAUUAUGUAAUCGAUUUGGCUGAUAGAAUGAGAUUGAGUAAAUAAACUGCUUUCUUGAGUAUUAUGUUCCUUGAUUACUUGGUUGCUAAUGAUACCAAUUCAGAAUUGUGCACAUUUAAAAUUAAAGAUCAUUUAUAAAUAUUUGGAGCUGUUUGUGUAAUGUUAGCAGCAAAAAGUAUUGAAUUAGAUGAAAGAAUACCUUUUUUAUCUUCUCUUAAAAAAUAUAUGUGCUUAAAUUAAUACUCUAAAGAAGAUUUAAGAAAGGCAGAAUAGAAGACUGUAUAAAUUCUGAAAUUUAAUAUGUAGUUUCCUACUCUUUAUGAUUUAUUGGAGUAUUAUGGCUCAUAAGGUGUUGUUUUUUCUAAUGAUUUAUAAAAGGGUACAACAUUCACAUCAAUUUUAAGCCCAACUCCAUUUUUAUCCAAUGAAACUAAAAAUACAAGUGCAAAGAAAGAACGUUUUAUAAAUAAUAGAACUAUAGAGUUAGAGUUUUAAGGUACCGCUCCUUCUUCUUCAGCACAAAAUUAGUAAUAGUCAGAGGAUAGCACUAAAAACAGUUCACCUAAUUCGAACGACUAUUCCUCAACUCAAGAAACUUCAUCUAAAAAUUCAAACAGUGAUGAAGCAAACCCCUCAUGCUCUCCACCACCUCAUUCAAAAAUAGUGGAACCUUAACCUCAAGUAGUUAAAGAAUUUGAUAUUUCACCUAUUAAAUUAUAUGAUAUAGUAUCUAAGAUAGAAAAAGAUUUUAGCAGAAUAGCUUUCUUGGCUAUAAAAGAUGAGAAAUUUUACGAAUAAGAUCUUGAAAUCUUAGGAGCUGCUUGUAUAUGCUAUUUAAGAGAAAAAUAAAAUAUUUCAAAUCCUUACAGAGAUGAAAUUUUAUAAAUUUGUAGCUAAGAUAGAGCCUAAGUUUUAUCUUGUUGCCUCACUUUUUUAUCUAAAUUUGAUACCUACUUUAAGCCUCAUAGUUAUUUGAAUGGAUCUACAUCCUCUGGAAUAUCUCCUCUAAAGGACAUUAGAACUAAUUUGAAAUAAGGAUUCUACACUUCUGAUAAUUAUAAGAGCGCUUCCAAUCUAACAACAACAGCAACUACUCGUAUUUUAUAAGAAAAUAAAAAACCUUUAUUUGACAACAUUGAUUUAAACAGCUACAGAAUAAGAGAAAAAUCAUUUGAAAAAAUUGGUAUUAGCUAUUAGAGUUAAAGAAGCUCUAUAGCAUCUUAACAUGUUUCUAAAAAUACUAUAUCUGGGCUGUAGAAUAAUAGAAAUAACUUUUUUGAGUAUGCUAAACUUAACGAAUAGAAAAUAAAUAAUUUAAGCUCAAUUACUAACAUAUCAACUUCUAAUGCCUCUUCUACUUCUUAAGCAGCUGCAAAUAGUGGUAUCGCCUCUAGUUCUAAUUAAAUACUUUAAUCUGGUUCAUUAACAUCAACAUCUUCAAAUAUUAAUAGCUUAUAAAGCAAAUUAUUGCAAUAAUAAAACGCUUUCAGCUCAGGCGCUUUUCAUUCAAGCAGCUCUUCUUCUAACGCAUUAUCAUCUGGCCUUUCUUCUAUUAGCUCUUACUAAAAGCCAUAUUAGCUAGCAUUAAAUUAAUAUUCAUCAAAACCACUUCUAUCUACUACAACAUCUACAGUAAAUAGUAAGAUUCCUUAAAGUAUACCUAAUUUUGAUGACGAAGCUAAAUGGAAUAGUCACUUCACUAAAACUAUAAAUUCAAUAAAUUUCCGUGCAAGCUCCUUCAACUCUAACUCAUUUUUGAGAAGAAACAAAUUUUGA